CUCAGUUCGCAAACGCAAACCACAUCGAAGGAUAAACAAUGGCGACUGCUCUCCUCAAGCUCUACUUCCCCAUCCUUUCUCCUCGCCGCUCCUCCAUCUCAUCUCCCAGAAUCCAAACCCACCUCCCUCUCCAUCUCCUCUCCUCCCUCCUCCUUAAAUCCAGUAAGAAGAGACCUUCUCUCCCUUCUUCUUCAAGCCGGGCCCUUUGCUUCUCCACAAAUUCGGCUCGCCCGGAGACUUACGGAGAAUAUGGUAGGGAAUCGACUCCGGAACUGCAUCUUUACAACACCAUGAGCCGGCGCAAGGAGCCGUUCCGGCCUCUGGCCCCCGGCAAGGUUGGUAUGUAUGUCUGCGGCGUCACCCCUUACGAUCUCAGCCAUAUCGGCCAUGCCCGCGUCUAUGUCACCUUUGAUGUUCUUUUCAGAUACCUACAGCAUUUAAAUUAUGAAGUCUGUUAUGUACGGAAUUUCACAGAUGUGGAUGAUAAGAUCAUUGAUAGAGCGAACAAAACAGGGGAGGAUCCUCUAAAUUUGAGCAGCCGCUACUGUGAUGAAUUCCACGCUGACAUGACUCAUCUUCAGUGUCUAUCCCCUACUGUUGAACCACGUGUUACCACUCACAUGAAUCAGAUUAUAGAUAUGAUCAAGCAGAUUAUUGAUAAUGGCUGUGCCUACACAAUCAAUGGGGAUGUGUAUUUCUCUGUUGAUAAAUUUCCUUCAUAUGGUCGAUUAUCUGGCCGUCGGUUAGAUGAUAAUCAAGCAGGAAAACGAGUAGCCGUGGAUGCAAGGAAGCAAAACCCUGCUGAUUUUGCUUUAUGGAAAUCUGCGAAGGAGGGUGAACCCUAUUGGGAGAGCCCUUGGGGACCGGGAAGACCAGGUUGGCAUAUUGAGUGCAGUGCUAUGAGUGCAGCAUAUCUGGGGCAUUCAUUUGACAUACAUGGUGGAGGGAUGGAUCUUGUGUUUCCUCACCAUGAAAAUGAGAUUGCUCAAAGUUGUGCUGCCUGCCGUGAAAGCAAUGUAAAUUUCUGGAUGCAUAAUGGUUUUGUUACCAUUGACCAUGAAAAAAUGUCUAAAUCUCUUGGGAACUUCUUCACCAUCCGUGAGGUGAUAGAGAAGUACCACUCCUUGGCUUUAAGGCUUUUCUUGGUCAGUACACACUACAGGUCUCCGAUUAACCACUCAUCUGCUCAGCUUGAAACAGCAUCUGAUCGACUAUUUUACAUUUAUCAGACACUGUAUGAUUGUGAAGAAAUCUUGAGCAAACAUGACAAAGGCAAUAUGAAGGAUUUGAUUCCAUCUGUCACAGAAAACUGCAUCAAAAGAUUUCGUUGUGACUUUGUAGAUUCAAUGUCUGAUGAUCUGCACACACCUGUUGUGUUGGCUGCUCUCUCAGAACCCCUAAAAACUAUCAAUGAUCUCCUGCACACUCGGAAAGGGAGGAAGCAAGAGUUAAGAAUAGAGUCCCUUUAUUCUCUUGAGAGGGAAGUUAGGAGAGUUCUCACUGUUCUAGGAUUGAUGUCAUCAAGUUAUGUUGAGGUUUUACAACAGUUGAGAGACAAAGCUUUGGAUAGAGCAGGGUUAACUGAGGAGGAAGUCAUGCAGAAAAUUGAGGAAAGGAGUUCAGCAAGGCAGGCAAAACAGUUUGAUAGAUCUGAUGAGAUUAGGAAGGAGUUGGCUGCUGUGGGAAUUGCCCUCAUGGAUAAUCCAGAUGGAACCACUUGGAGACCCAGUGUGCCUCUUCGUUUCCAAGAGCUUGUUGCUUCAGCUUGAACUUGCAUUUUAACUGGUUGUUGCGGUAAAUGGUUGCACUGUGAGAAAAAGGCGAUCGUUCCAGUCAAGGAUUUGGUCUUCUGUUGCAACUUCAUCAUUUCCAUAUCCCUCAAAUUGAAAAUUGCCAUUUUUCAUAUUGCUGUAUUUCUGUUUCUCAUCCCUGGGAA